GUUUGUGCUAACUUCAUGUAGUGUUUAGAUAGUGUUUCAUUCACUGGCCAUAGACUUAUUUUACAAAGUUAUAUGUGCAUGUCAUUAUAUAGUGUAGAACUUAAAACACCUAACCAAGAACAACAAUACACACACACAAACAUAAGGAAAAAAAAACUUUUCCAUGGGGCUCGUAAUUUUCUUGGCACUAAUUGUCUUAAUCCUUAUUAUUGGUCUCAGGAUAUUCAAAGCUUUUAUGAUUCUUGUUUGGCAUCCAUUUGUGUUGACCAGAAGACUCAAAAACCAAGGAAUCUCAGGCCCAAAUUACAGAAUCUUUUACGGAAACCUCAGCGAGAUAAAGAAGAUGAAGAGAGAAUCUCAUCUUUCGAUUCUUGAUCCUAGCUCCAAUGAUAUUUUCCCUCGUAUUCUUCCUCAUUAUCAAAAAUGGAUGUCUCAAUACGGUGUCGUUUUCUCCAACUCUCUCUUUGUUCAUCUUUUAUUUUAGAUUUUAUUCGAGGAUAAUGCGUAACACACAAGUUAUCUAUGUUAUAUAUUAUUAGGAGAGACUUUUCUUUACUGGAACGGAACAGAGCCAAGGAUAUGCAUCUCAGAUCCUGAACUUGCAAAAACUAUGUUGUCGAACAAGUUAGGUUUCUUUGUCAAAUCAAAGGCAAGACCUGAGGCUGUUAAACUUGUCGGCUCCAAAGGACUUGUCUUUAUCGAAGGUGCUGAUUGGGUUCGCCAUAGAAGAAUCUUGAACCCUGCUUUCUCCAUCGAUAGGCUCAAGAUCAUGACGACCGUGAUGGUUGAUUGUACGCUCAAGAUGUUAGAGGAGUGGAGAAAAGAGAGCACUAAGGAAGAAACAGAGCACCCGAAGAUUAAAAAGGAAAUGAACGAAGAGUUCCAAAGACUAACAGCUGAUAUAAUAGCAACCUCUGCGUUUGGAAGCAGUUACGUCGAAGGAAUCGAAGUGUUUAGAUCACAAAUGGAGCUUAAAAGGUGUUAUACAACUUCUCUCAACCAAGUCUCUAUCCCUGGAACUCAGUACCUUCCUACGCCUUCGAACAUUCGGGUAUGGAAGCUGGAGAGGAAAAUGGAUAACUCAAUUAAGAGAAUUAUAAGUUCGAGACUACAGUCAAAGUCAGAUUAUGGAGACGAUCUUCUCGGAAUCUUGUUGAAAGCUUACAACACUGAAGGGAAGGAACGGAAGAUGAGCAUCGAAGAGAUCAUACAUGAAUGCAGGACUUUCUUCUUCGGAGGUCACGAAACUACUUCGAAUUUAUUGGCAUGGACAACGAUGUUGCUGAGCUUGCACCAAGAUUGGCAGGAGAAACUCAGAGAAGAGAUAUUCAAAGAAUGCGGUAAAGAAAAAACCCCAGAUUCAGAAACUUUCUCCAAACUCAAGCUGAUGAACAUGGUGAUCAUGGAGUCGCUUCGACUUUACGGACCAGUGUCAGCUUUGGCCCGAGAAGCAUCAGUAAAUAUAAAGUUAGGUGACCUAGAGAUUCCCAAGGGCACAACCGUAGUCAUCCCGCUUCUGAAGAUGCAUAGCGACAAGACCCUUUGGGGAUCCGACGCCGACAAAUUCAACCCAAUGCGGUUUGCAAACGGCGUUUCCCGAGCCGCCAAUCACCCAAACGCUCUCCUAGCAUUCUCCGUCGGACCAAGAGCUUGCAUUGGCCAAAACUUUGUCAUGAUCGAAGCCAAGACUGUGCUCACCAUGAUUCUUCAACGGUUUCGGUUUAUUAGCCUCUGUGACGAGUAUAAGCACACCCCUGUGGAUAACGUCACUAUUCAGCCUCAGUACGGCUUACCCGUAAUGCUUCAGCCUCUGGAAGACUGAAGUAAAAUGCCCAAAUAAAUCGGAUGUCUUAAUGAAUAUACCUCACGUGUGUGACAAGUCUCCUCCAUAUAGGCCGGCUUAUUGCUGAUGGUGGGGGCUUAACAAAUCAUCCUUGUUAAGUUAUUGGGCUUUUACUAUCUCAGUUUGGAACCCUUGAUGGGCUAAAUAGUUAUUAAUAAUUUAAUAUAUUGUGACAUUGCAUGUAUAAUUGAAAAGUGGAAGGAAGUGUGUAACGGUUAUGAAUUCAAAAGCCAGGCUAA